GCUGUCAAAAUAUGAUUAGAAAAAAACACAAGUACACAGUUUUUCCCAUUUCGUAACUCGUCACUUUUCUAGCACAAAAUUCGAACACUAAACCCCCCAAAUACAUUCGAAAUUAUUGUAUUUACAUCGCGGUUAAGCGCGCCAGAUUGAAUAGCGCUCUACCCCGAAAACAGGCCUAAAUCAAACAGCAUACAAUUAAAACGCAAAGAGCAGGAAAGAAAAUUCUUAGGCAAGUGAACAAAGGUAGGGAUCCCUGGGCUGUUCAUGGGUGGCGCAAAUGUUUACUAAAAUUCUAACUGAUAAAAUGGACAAGAAGAAGUCGCAUCACCAUCAUAAUCAGCAGACGCCAACCAAGUCCCUUAAUGUCAUUAGGAUGGGUGGCCAGGAGAAAUCGGCUUUAAAUGUGGGCGGUGCUAACCCGAUAACAGAAUCUACAAAAAAGAGUUCCUUAACCAAUUACCAAAGAAAUUUCCACUCGAACAAGCCACCAAUUGUGGGGGAUCAUGAGCAUGCGCUUAUGAAUCGGUAUCAUAAUGACAGGCAAACAGUGAUGCCUACUGUAACUCAGCCUUCAGUCUCUGGGCUUCAUUAUCAGCAACAGCAACAACAGGCACAGCAGGUCCUCACUCAAAAGCCCAAAAGCACGGUAGAACUCACGGAAAAACUGGCCAAAAUCAAUCGUCGCAAUGCCAUGAAGGAACUAUCUGCCUUGCAGGCAAAAAAUAUGCAAGCCAUCGACAAGAACGAGGAGGCCCUGAAGGAAUUGCAGGAGAGCAUUCCGGAAAUAAGCAAAAUCUUCGAUGUGCAUUGUCGUAUCGGCAGUGGAACGUUCAGUUCGGUUCUAUUGGGAACCCUGCAGCGAGAACGCUGUCUUGUCGAAACCCAGAGGCGGAGAUUUGCCAUCAAACAUCACAAUCCCACAAAUCAUCCGGAGCGAAUUCUCAGGGAACUGGAGUGCAUGUUUCGCAUUGGCGGGGUGAACAAUGUCAUCGGCAUUAACUGUUGCAUCAGGUCCAACGAUAAUGUGGCCUUUGUAAUGCCCUAUAUGACGCACGAUCGGUUUCAUGACAUCUUCAGGAGUCUGAGUCUCCAGGAGGUUCGGGAUUAUCUGAGGAACUUGCUCGUCGCCCUGCGACAUGUGCAUAAGUUCAAUGUGAUUCACCGCGAUGUGAAGCCGAGUAACAUUCUGUACAAUCGCCGAACAGGCAAGUUUUUGCUCUGCGAUUUCGGUUUGGCUCAAAGGAUCGCCGACGAUGGUAGUGUUAUGCAGUCAAAUGAACUCAGUUCCCCGGAGGCAUUCAGUUUUCUGAGGGACAUGGAGAGUGGCAGGAAGCUAAUGCUGCCUGAUGGUAAUUCUGCCCAGGCCGAGGCCGAGGAUUAUAUGGCCAUUCGCAGGAUGCGAGCCUUGGGUGGCGGUGGGUGUGUGGAUCAUGACCUUGCAUCAGGACCACCGAAUAUCCACAGACUGCGAGAGCUAGCCGGUGGGCACUUGACCAAAAAGGAUGUGGCCAACCAAAAGGCCGAUACCAUGAGGUUGCUCAAUCGCCUGCGACAUGUGGGAUCUAACAUGGAUCCCAAUAACUAUGUGGUGUCCACGAACACGACGAAGAAGGAAAUGCACGCCUCUCGGGCCGGCACUCCAGGAUAUAGACCGCCAGAGGUCCUACUCCGAUAUCCGCAUCAAUCCACGGCGGUGGAUGUCUGGGCCGCUGGCGUUAUAAUGCUCUCGUUGCUCUCGGCUGUGCAUCCCUUUUUCAAGGCCCCCCAUGAUUGUGCUGCCCUGGCGGAAAUAAUCAAUUUGUUCGGCGAUAUACCGGUCCGAAAGACGGCCUUCAUGCUGGAUCGACUGAUUAUGCUGGCACAUAAGGUGAACACCUUGGAUCUGCGGCGGGUGUGCAUGAGGUUUCGGUAUGCGGACUUUUUUCUGGCCCCCGAAACACUACGGAAAUAUCGGAGGCCCGAUGGCAGCACCGAGAUGUGCCGCAGUUGCGAUCAGCCCACGUUUAAUUGCCUGUGCCACAACAGUGGACACCACUUGGAAAUGUACGACGGCCUGGAUGAGUUUCCCGCCAACGCCUACGAUCUGCUGUCCCGUCUGCUGGAGGUAAAUCCCCAGAAACGCAUCACCGCCGAGGAGGCCUUAAAGCAUCCGUUUUUCAACGAUCAGCAUCGCAUUACGCCGGGAGUGCCUCUGCAUCAGCAGAAGCACAUGUUGCAGCAUCAGCAUCAGUUGAGGGCCAGGGAAACACUUCCAUCGGCGGCAGCACGAACCCUGAAGGCAUUCGUGUCCUAUUCCACGGAACUGCCUUCCACAGCCCCUCAGGCAGCGGGUAAUGUCUGAUUUCAGGCCCCCAAUAUUUGUUGUAUAAACCCAUUUUCCCUGGCUUCGUUGCGUUUCAACUUAAGUCCUGGCCGCCAGAAGAGAAGACUUGAAAUUGAAUUGUGCAGAAACCAAAAAAAAAUUAAUAUGGUCGUUGGAAAAUGUUCACGAAAUUUACAUUGAGAAUAUAAAGUAUAUUCAUGUUUU